UUAUCAGCCACUGCAGAAAAUUUCUCUUAAAAUUAUGAAUAUGCAAAAUCAAAAAAAAUUAUUUCAGCUUGGUCAUGUACCGAUGGUGCGUAAUCUACCAUGCAAAUCUACGUGGGAAAGAAUUCAAUCAAAUGUAGAUUUUGAACCGAGCAAAGAAGGAUUUUCGUUAUAUUUUACUUAUACAUUUCCCGAAGAGUUUAGUUCUUCAACUGAAUUUGCAUUUACAUAUCCAUGGACCUACGAAGAUGACCAAACAUUUUUUGCUCGAUUACAAGAAUUAUACUCAAAACAUCCAUCUAUUUACUUUCACAGAGAAGUUCUCUGUUAUUCACUUGGAGGGAAUAAUGUUGACUUAAUUACAAUAAGUGGACAAAAUGGUUUCAAAAAAGAAAAAGAAAAAAGAUUCAAUUGCAGAAUUUUUGAUAAUAAAAUUCCCCGAUGCGCAGCUUUCAAUAAAAAAGUGAUUCUUCUAAGUGCCCGGGUGCAUCCCGGAGAAACCCCGGGGAGCCUUGUUCUCUUAGGUCUUGUACGAUUUUUGUUAUCAAACGAUAAAAAUGCUGCCAGACUACGCAAGGAGUUUGUGUUUAAAAUUGUGCCAAUGCUUAAUCCCGAUGGAAUUUUAGUUGGAAAUUAUAGAAUGGAUUGCUUGGGGUCAAAUUUGAACAGAGUUUACAAUAAUCCCGACCCUCUCAUUCAUCCAUCAAUUUACUCUGUAAAAAGUCUUGCGAUAUAUCAUCACAUUGCAAAUUCAUCUUUAUCAAAAUUAAGUGUUUCAAAAUUAUUAAACAAAGUUUUUCCACAAUAUCAAGAUGAUAAUGAAAUGGACGAAUUUCUUCAAUCGAGUGACGAUCUAAAUCAUCCCGAGCUAUUAACUAUUUCGUCUAAUGAAAGUGGAAUAGCUUUCUACAUAGACUUUCAUGGUCACGUAUCGAAACGAGGCUGCUUUUUAUAUGGAAAUUAUUUUAAAGAUGAAAAAACACAGGUUUUAAAGUAUUAUUCAAAUUAUAGAUUGAUAACAUGUUGUUGGCAAAACUUAUAUCAAUAA